AUGACCAAAGACAUCACCGCUGUCAACCCGUCAGCCCUUCUCUCCGAGUCCUCUGCGUAUGCUGUGCAAGUGGUACGCCAAGUUAACUAUGGGCCAGUCAAAUGGAAGCGAUACUUUGCUGCCGACGAGACAGAUGAGGGCGGUGAUGCCUACGAGGAGGUUGUCGAAAUGGAUCUCAUCGAGGCGAACUACGAGAAACUGAAUACGUAUGUCUUUUUCGUCUGCUUAUUUCUCAUGAUUUCAUUGCUUGUGCUCUUUGUAAUCUUUGGUGCUUGCCCAAGUUCCACACUGACCUUCUGCUUCAACCUACUAGGUACAAGAACUUCAAAUGUGCAAUCCAUGAUCUAUUUUUUGAGCUCAACAUAUACAAGAAGAAUCCAAUCAAUAAACAUCAUUGGCGUGCCAACAUUGCCAGGCCUGCGGGUGAUAUCGACUUGAAUCCUAGUACCCCUGGCCCCUCGACUACCAGCAAUACCCUUGUCACUCAGUUCAGCGAGGAGAAGAAGAAUGAAAUUACCAACAAAAACGAGGAGGACGAAAAAGAGCACAGAAUUGGUGAGAAGGAGGGUGUUGAUGAGAAGGAUUAUGAAGCCAAUAAGGAGAUUGUUGGUCAAAAGAAGGACGUCGUUGGCUCUGACCCGCGAGUUCCAACUCAAGGUUCACCUGCUCCAAAGAAGGAGAUUCUCUCUUUUCGGGGAGAUUUCAAAAGAACUAUCGAGCAUUUGACAGAGGAUGAUUUUUAUCAUGAUCCUUAUGAUAAUGACAACUAUGACAACGACGAAGAUGGUGGACAAGACUUCGCGUCUUGUAGUUUGGAGGAUUGCGGAUAUUGCGGAAAGUGUAUGUACUGA